UUUGGCUGGUAGGUACUUGAGGGUCAAAACAUAAAAAAACAAAACAAAAAAAAUUCAAAAUUGAACAGUUCCUUUCCACUUUCAAAAUCCUGAUCCCUUUUUGAAAUGUAGAAGAAGAGACACAGAACAAACACAUCACAACCUUAACCUCUUUUCCCUCCUCUCUACUUUCUUUGUCUCUUCUUUUCAUUGCUAUUGCACCCUUUUGUUUUUUUCUACACCCCUUAAAAAUUUCAUAUACAAAAAGUGUUAUUUACCAUGAAAGUUUGCAUCUUUAACAAGAUUUCGUGAUUUUCUCAUCUUUUUCUUAAUGGGUUUGAUCUUCAUUUGUUGAAUUUUGUUAUUUUCACAAGGUUUCACUUUUGGGUUGACACAGAAGGAAAGUUCGGUGAAACUGAAAGUGGGAGCUAUGGUUGCUGAAGCUUGGUUUUUGAAGAUACGUAACCAGGUAAGUGCGAAUAUUAAACAAGCCCUUGUUCUUGAAUCUUCUAGUAGUAGAAAACAUGUUCCUAAAAAGCAUGUUGAUAAGAAAGUUGUAGAAACCAUAGGGAUUCUUUCUUUUGAAGUGGCUAAUGUAAUGUCGAAAACCAUUCACCUUUAUAAAUCAUUGUCUGAUUCUGAGAUCACAAAGCUGAGGAAUGAGAUCUUGAACUCAGAGGGUGUUAGGAGAUUGGUUUCAUCUGAGGAGGGUUAUUUGGUUGAGCUUGUUAAAGGUGAGAAGCUUGAUGAGUUGAACCGGGUUGCCGGUGUGGUUUCUAGGUUAGGGAAGAAGUGUUCUGUGCCUGCUUUGCAAGGGUUUGAGCAUGUGUAUGGUGAUAUUGUUAGUGGUGUUAUAGAUGUGAAGGAGUUGGGGUUUUUGGUUAAGCAUAUGGAGGGAAUGGUGAGGAAAAUGGAUAGGUAUGUGAGUGCUACUAGGGGGUUGUAUAGUAAAAUGGGGGUGUUGAAUGAAUUGGAGCAAACGGUGAAGAAGUUUCGGAAUGAUAACCGGAAUGAGGAGAGUAGAAGGGGUUAUGAGCAGAGACUUGUUUGGCAGAAGCAAGAUGUGAGGCAUCUCAAGGAGAUUUCGCUAUGGAAUCAGAGUUUUGAUAAGGUUGUUGAGUUGUUGGCUAGGACGGUUUGUACUUUGUAUGCUAGAAUCUGUAUGGUCUUCAGCGAAUCUACGGAGAAGAAGUUUAGUCUUGGGUUUGGUAAUUGUGAAGGCUCGCCACUCGUGAGAAAUGAAUGUAGAUCGGCGUCUGGGUUGAUUAAUGUUGACGUGAAUUUGGAGAAGUUGAAACGCAAUCAUAGCAAGAAAAACAGUUUUCAUUUGAAUUCAAUCGGGAGAAACGGUGGCAGUAGGAAUCAUAUAGAUGUAAAGAGAGGUGAGUUAGCAUAUGUUCAGCUUGAAGAUUUUGGUUUUCCUUGUGGAACAAGUCCUGGGAGACUUUUCAUGGAAUGUCUCAGUUUAAGUAGCUCGGUUUCAGCGUACGAUGAUUUUGACGAUGUUGUUAUCGACCGUGAGGAUCAAUACAGUUGUGUGUCAAGCUCUCAAAGUCCUAUUGAGAUUGGAAGUAUUGUGAAGAAAAAGGCGCAAAUGUGCUCAAACUUCAGUCCAAACAGUGGAUCGUCUGUUGUUUAUGCUCCUCCUUCUACUCUUGGAGGCUGUGCUCUAGCAUUGCAUUAUGCCAAUAUCGUUAUUGUCAUUGAGAAGUUACUUAGCUUUCCGCAUUUAAUCGGCGACGAAGCUAGAGAUUAUCUAUAUAAGAUGCUGCCAACUAGCUUAAGGUUAUCUCUGAAGGCCAAACUUAAGAUCUAUGUCAAGGAUUUGGCCAUAUACGAUGCCCCUCUUGCACACGAAUGGAAGGCAACUCUUGAUGGGAUACUUCGGUGGCUUUCUCCGCUUGCUCAUAAUAUGAUGAAAUGGCAAAGUGAGAGGAAUUUCGAGCAACACGAAAUAGUUAGCCAGACGAAUGUGCUGCUAUUUCAGACAUUGUACUUUGCGGAUAAGUGUAAGACCGAGGAAGCUAUAUGCGAACUUCUUCUAGGAAUGAAUUACAUAUGUCGUUAUGAACAACAACAGAACGCGUUACUCGGUUGUGCAAGCAGUUUCAAUUUUGAAGAUAUGAUGAAAUGGAAAUUGCAGCGGGGUACUUCGUUGCUCGAUUGAAUAUAUUCUAGACAUUGUAAUCCUCAAUGUGGUUAGCAUUUCCUAAAAUUACUGUACCAUUUGAUAACGAGUUAGGAUUCUCUUCAUUUCUCUCGAAAAGUAGUAAUAGAACUCUCAAUUUACUGAGUAAUGGAGAGAAUCCCUACCCUUUACUGACGUAGUUUUUUGAUACCACAUGGAAUUAAUUACUUUGUUUAUUGAUGAUUAAUGUCAUUUUUAUAGAAUGUUAAAAAAUACUUCACACUGAACUUCUAAUUCAGUUUAUGUGAAGCUUGCUUGUUGCUUAGAGUAUGCUUUUUUAGAGCUAUUAAAGUGUAUUGUGAAUUUAUAAUGCCUUAAAAACAGAAGUUGCAACAGCAUAUGUAAAUUUCAACACCAUCAUUAUAAGUUUUCAACAAAAUCAAAUUAUAAAUUUACUCUAAAUGAUGCUUUACUCAGAAUUUUUUUAAUGUUUGUCGGCAUUUUCCUGCAUCUGCUACAUAACCGUGAUUGCGCAGUGAGAGCACCAUCAUGAUGCCAGAAAUAGCGGCUGCUAUUCCUGCUAUUGUCCAUAGUGCUUAGCAACCCCAAAGUGUUGCGGUGAGGUCCGGUUCUUCUACGCUACACUGCUAUAGCCCGCUAUCGACAACCUUUAGGAUAAAUUGAGCUAUCAAUUUUGGUUAGACUCAAUGGGCUUAUCUGCUGUGAGACUCUUAAUGCCAUUAGCUUUUAAAUUAUAGAUACAUUUGAGCCUGUCUCAUGCUGUAUUUGGAUGUAAUGUAAUUCUAUCCUACAAGAAAUCAAGGUACACAAGGUCUUUGAAAAUUCUAAAUAAUAUUUGUUUGACUAGUAAAUGUAAAUGUGCUGCGGCUCCACACAGUGAUGAAAUCCUGUUUCCAUUAAGGUGUUUGUUAUACAGCAUGGUGGUGUAAUGAAUCAGUGGACCCAUGCAUCAGAAACCACUCUCUUCUAUGUGUUGUGACUGUGAGUCUGUGAGUUACCACAUUAUUUAUGAUUAGAUGAAAAGAAAUAUGGAACUACAAUGGCGUCAAGGGAUCUCACUAUUCAGACUUGAGUUACUGUCUCAGGCAAAUCACUGGACAUGGUUUGACUGACUCGAAGAUCAUGCACAGCUGAUUCACCGUUCUGUUCUGUCAUGUGCAUGUGCAUUCAUUUAUCAUCUACUUCAAAUUAUUAUUUUUACCGACUAAUCCAAAAAGAUGGAUUUUGCCGCCCACUAGACAGAGCCUAGGAGUAUUUAAAACUAGAACAAACCUUAAUUUUCAUUUACUUCCUUCCCAUGAUUAUGUCUUCCCUCAUUACAGGACCUACAAAGUUACACCAACAUUCCCUAGUAAGAGUUAAAGGGAGGCGAAUCUCGGGAUGAUAUUGAGUGACUUUUGAAAUUUUGUAACUUUGGGAAGUGU